AACCGACUUCUAUUUUGAAACACAUAUGGACUAAUACUAUUGUCACUGGUUUCUUUCAAAUAUUUUAGUAUUGGCCUAUAAUACAAUAGAAAAUAUUAUUCUCCUCAUUCUGAAAAGCUAGACUUGGACUAGUCAUUCCUGGAGUUUCACAGGAGUGAGUCAUGAUCACAGAGGUGUGUUUUUCAAUUUUAUAUUGAGUAUAUCUCUAUUGUGAGCAUAUACCUCUGUGUCUGCUUAGCUAUCUCAGUGACGUAUUCGUUCCCCUGAGAAGCUCAAAGCGACAAAGGGCAAAUCCACGGAGAGAAGCUCUCUGAGCUGCUCUUGCUGCCGCUCUGUGAGGCGGUUAAUGGCUCGGAUUCAGGCGUUCGGGUGGGCGAUGCCGGCGCUCCAGUGCUGAUAAACGCGAACGCACUGCAUUGUGAACCGGGAUCUUCUCGGAGCCGCCGUGACAGACCAUACAAACUUAUGCGGAAGUGUGUAGUAGCAAACCAUUUCGAUGGCAUCAACGUGGCAGAGAAUCCAGAUCGUCUCCCAGGGGAUUUUGGAGAAUGGAGCCGUCAAGAUUACAUCAGCAUGGCAGAGAAUCCAGAUCUUCUAUCAGUGGGUUUUGGAGAAUGGAGACAAGAGGACAGACCCGUGGCUGCUGGUCUACUCCCCCAUUCCCGUUAUCACCAUCUUCCUGACCUACCUCGUCCUCUUAUGGGUCGGGCCCAAGCUGAUGAAGCACAGAGAGCCGGUUAACCUCAAGGCCGUGCUCAUCGUCUACAACUUCAGCAUGGUCUGCCUGUCCGCGUAUAUGUUUUAUGAGUUCCUGGUGACCUCCUGGCUUGCAAACUACAGUUUACUGUGUCAACCUGUGGAUUACAGCAACAGCCCCUUGGGAAUGCGGAUGGCAAAGGUCUGCUGGUGGUUUUUCUUCUCCAAAGUCAUUGAACUCAGCGACACAAUGUUUUUCAUCCUGAGGAAGAAGAACAGUCAGCUGACCUUCCUGCACGUGUACCACCACGGAACCAUGAUCUUCAACUGGUGGGCGGGGGUCAAAUACGUGGCCGGGGGACAGUCAUUCCUGAUCGGCGUGAUUAACUCUUUCGUGCACAUCGUGAUGUACCUGUACUACGGUCUGGCCGCGCUGGGGCCUCGCGUGCAGAGGUACCUGUGGUGGAAACGCUACCUCACCUCCCUGCAGCUGCUGCAGUUCUUCAUCCUGACCAUCCACACGGCCUACAACCUCUUCACCGAGUGCGACUUCCCUGACUCCAUGAACGCGGUGGUCUUCGCCUACUGCCUCAGUCUAAUCGUGCUCUUUGCCAACUUCUACUACCAGAGCUACCUCACCCAGAAGGCCAAGAAGGCCAAGGAGAUGUAAAGGGCAAGGAGUCGUGUGGGUGUUGAGUCUGCAGGCUUACAGGGUCAAGCAAUAAAACGGUGGUUUUGG